AUGUCAGCCAGUCGCAUGACUCACCUUGUUAAGGAUCUCGCAGGUUACGCUCCAUGGGGUGGCCCCAGUGUUUUGCUGGUCGGUUGGAUGGCUUGGCCCGCACUAUCACCCGCAUUUAAGGAGGAGACGCUAGGCCUCAAGCCUACGAAUGUGACGUUAACUUCCGUCUCUGCUGGACCUCAGAAGGAAACGUUUCGUGUGUAG